AUGUUGGCAUCCAUUUUUUCGCCAAAAAACACUCCAAGCUUUGAAAGCUUUGAUCCAAAAAGCCUGAUUCUUUCUACCGAUAAACUCAAACUAAUUUGCUCCGAAUUGGUGUCCAAGUUUGAGAAGGAGCUUGAAUUUUCCCCAAAUUCGAUGUUGCCCACAUUUAUCGACAGAUUUCCACUAGGAAACGAAGAGGGUACAUUUAUGGCCAUAGACAUCGGAGGAACGAACAUCAGACUUGAUUUGAUUGCACUUAAAAAGCACAAGGCACCGGCAUUUAUUGCUAAUUGCACAAAACCCAUUCCAGGCAGCUACAAGAAAGGAAGUGGUACGAAGUUAUUUGAAUUCAUAGCGUUGGAAAUAAUUGGCUUUUUGGAGGGCAAGAAAAUUGAGGUAUUUCCCCUUGGAUUUACAUUUUCAUUUCCUCUCAAGCAAACAUCAAUAAAUUCGGGGCAUAUAUUUCAAUGGAACAAAGAUUUUCAUUGUGAAGAUGCCUUGAUGAAGGAUCCCGUCUUGCUUUUGCAAUGUGCUUUGGAAAAGCAAGGCUACCCAGAUCUUGUCAAAGUUUCGGCUAUCGUAAACGAUACGAUAGCAACGCUACUUUCUGGAAUCUACAUAAAUUCUAAUGCCAAAAUCGGACUAAUUCUUGGCACCGGAACCAAUGCUUCCUAUGUGGAAAAGACACAAAAAAUUGCGUCAAAGAUUGAAGGUUCCUUCAAAUCCGAGUAUACCCUUGUGAAUACCGAAUUUGGAUCCACCGACAUUAAUUCAAUGGAUUUUAUUUCAUUUUUGUCUACAAAGUACGAUCAGCUUGUCGAUAAAAACUCCGCAAACCCUGGAAACCAAAUACUUGAAAAAAUGAUUUCGGGCCGCUAUCUUGGCGAAAUUUUCAGCUAUAUUCUUGUGGAGAAUGGAUAUUUGAAGGAAGGCGACCCUUUCUACACUGCAAUUGAUAUGAAUGCCAUUGAAAGGUUUUUAAUGGUUUGUUCGGCCAUCUCAAGCCGCUCUGCUCAAUUGGCUGCAUGUGUCAUAUGUGCAUUGAUAAUUCUCUCCAACAACCAGUGUGAGGAUAUGACGGUGGUGGCGAUUGAUGGCUCAAUCUUUGAGAAUUACCACAAAUACGCAGAAAGGCUCGAGCAGGCCAUUUCCUCUAUCAUCGGUUCGUCAAAAGUCAAACUAAUAUUUUGCAAAGACGGUUCAGGUAUUGGAGCCGCCAUUGCAGCUUCACUUUAUGCCUCGUAA